CAAAAUUGUAUUCCAGCAAGAGUACGGCUGCUUUUUUAUUUUCCAGUUUUUAAGCACACGGUUACUUUUUAAACUCAUAAUUUCACAGUACACGUACACUAAUAUGAAUUAGCCUCUCAUUCUACUGUAUUUUAAUGUUGGGCAUAAGGGUGGCACUUAAAUCUAAGUAUUUUUAUUUUUUUUUAGAUGGUCAAGUUUGUCAACCACUGCAUCUGGUCAUAGCUGUAAACAACCACUAGAGAGCAGCAUCGGGCUCACCUCUCAGUCCGUCCGCCGCACGCCUCCACACUCCCCCCCCCUUCAUUUUGAUGACAUUUUUCUGUCCUAGUCUCUCUCUUUCUCUGGCAAGAGUCAGCCCUUCGCCGGUUUGCCGGUUGUGGACGAUCCAGCUGGAGUAAGAGAGCAUCACAACACAACUGGAUGGGAAGAAAGGAGGCGAGGUGCCUGACACAGCCGGUCAGGAGAAUGGGGUGAAGAGGAUUGUCCUCAGCUGACCUCGAGGCAGAUGACCCGGGAUGGACACAGCGUCACUUCCACUUUUGAAGGGCGGUGCGACAAAUACGGACCAUCAACAACCAGAACGAGAGCAGCAGGAGUUCCUGAGGUCAUUGGAGAACAUCCUGCUCACCAUUGCGCUGUCCCUCAUCAUCAUCAUGACGGUGUUUGGCAACUUGCUGGUCAUGGUGGCGCUCUGCAAGGAUCGACAUCUACGGAAGAAAAAGACCAACUACUUUAUUGUGUCGCUGGCCUUUGCUGACUUGCUGGUGGCGCUGGUCGUGAUGCCCUUUGCGGCCAUCGAGCUGACGACCGGCGUGUGGAAAUACGGCGAGAUUUUCUGUCUUGUGCGGACGUCGCUGGACGUCCUCUUGACCACCGCAUCCAUCUUGCAUCUCUGCUGCAUCGCACUGGACAGGUAUUACGCUAUCUGCUGUCAGCCGCUUGUGUACCGACACAAGAUGACCCCUCUGCGAGUGGCGGUGAUGCUCGGUGGCUGCUGGCUCAUCCCCACAUUCAUUUCCUUCCUCCCUAUCAUGCAAAGCUGGAACGCCAUUGGCAUCGAGGAUAUAAUAGAAGAGAGGCGGAUCUCACCAGGUGGCUCCAACGAGACGAGCUGCGUGUUUCUGGUCAAUCGUCCGUACGCUCUCAUCUGCUCCACGGUGGCCUUCUACGUGCCGCUGGCCCUCAUGGUCCUGGCCUACCAACGCAUCUACGUGACCGCCAUGAGCCACGUGAGGCAGAUCGAGACCCUCCAACGCGCCGGCUCGGCUCCGGCCUCCGGGACGGAGGCCCCCAUCGCCACCUCGAGGUCGUCCACGUGCUCGAAUCAGGCGGAGCACGACCACCUCGGGACAGCCGGAGGAGCCCUCUUCCCGGAGCCGGCUCCCGUAGCCAACAGCCGCAUGCGCGUGGAGACAAAAGCGGCAAAGACGCUGGCGAUCAUUAUGGGCUGCUUUUGCCUGUGCUGGGCACCGUUCUUCAUCACCAAUGUGGUGGACCCCUUCAUUCACUACUCUGUGCCUUGGCAGUUAUGGACGGCAUGGCUGUGGCUUGGCUACAUCAACUCGGGCCUUAAUCCUUUCCUGUACGCCUUCCUGAACCGAGCUUUUCGGAGGGCCUUUCUUGUGAUUCUUUGUUGCGGGGACGAACGCUUUGUACGGCAGCGGAGCUUCUCCUACGGACCUACCCACAGAGUGUGCUCGCCAACAUCCGUCAAUGGGACGUCGAUGGCAUUGAGACUCAACAUUACUCUGGCCUCCAAGGUGUUUUGUCGUUGUGGAAUAACACCAACACCCCCGAAGAGAAAAAGGCCUGCAGCUGUACCCGCUUGACUAUGGUUGGUUCUGGUCCAGUAUGUCAUUUUUGUUAAUAAAAUAUCAAGUUAGACCCCAGGCAAGGUCCAAGAUCAACUUCUUUUGUUCUCUUCUGCAUCGUCGUCUUUGUAUUUAUUUAACUUUGAAUUGUCUCACGGUCCAAAGGCGCUUUUGUGACAAGGAGAUAAUAUCAUUCAGGAUAUAUGGGAACAACAGUUAAAAUAGAUUUACAGUA